GUCAGUGACCUCCUACUGUUCGCUCGUGCAGUCAUGGCAGCCAUGGAAGAGCUUGAAGUCCAUAGCAAGGUACGACCCCAAGAACGCGCAAGAGUUAUGGUUUCCGCAGCUGACCGACGACUGAUCUACCCGACAGUCUUACUUCGUCCGCUGGGUCCCCGUCAAAUCCGCGCAUACCAUCUCUUGGAGCAUUCAACCGCACAAGAAGUCGCUGAACUUCGGCAUCUUCAAGCAUCCCGGCCAGUCCGGCAUUCUCAGUACCCCUAGUCUGACCUCAGCUGAUACCCCGAGCAACGAUUCGAGUGAGAACCUCGCAAAUGGCGGUGCCAGCUCGAGGCAGAGUGCCUCGGCUUCGCUUAGCGACAAAUUGACGGCCAUGGGUCUGAAGCAGAUUCGAUGGGUUGGCAGAUGUGAGGCGGAUAAGAUUGUCCAGGGGACAUAUGAUGUGCCCCCUAACGAGGGCGGAAAUUACGCACUUGUCUUUGACAACACAUUUUCGAAGCAAAUAUCCAAAACCGUGACCCUCGUUCUUCUUACUUACCCAACUGCUCUACCUCCACAAUCGGUUCCUACUACACAUGCGGCCAGCCAACCAGGUGGUGAUACCGAGUCCUCAUCGUCGCGCCGGCGGGGCAAUAGCAUAAUGGCCAAAAUGCCGCCGCAAAUCCAGGUCCAGGAGGGAGAUGGGACAACAAUACACACCGGGCUUCUGCUCAAGCGUCGCCGUAAGCGCCAUCAGGGAUGGGCGCGGCGGUUCUUCUCCCUCGACUUUUCGACGUCUACGCUGUCCUAUUUCCACGACGCCAACUCUGCUACUCUGCGUGGCUCAAUUCCGUUGAGUCUAGCCGCUGUGGCCUGCAAUGAGACUUCUCGCGAGAUCUCCAUCGACUCCGGAACUGAAGUAUGGCAUCUACGCGCUCGCAAUGAGUCCGAAUUUACGUCCUGGAAGCGCGUCUUGGAGAAGGCCUCAUCCUCCAAGGGCGCCGGCGAUGAGGGUCAUUCCCCGAGACAUCUGCACCCAAGCACGGCACUUCAAUUCCCCCCUCAGCGCCAUGUGACAAAUGAGGCCGAGGAGCGCGAAUGGGCGCGGGUCGCUGAACUGGUAGGCCGAGUCUCGGGAUCACGGGAUGCUGUCCGCCGUCUAGCCAAGGACACCGACCCCAAAUACAUGACCUCUGGACCGUCCCGUGGACGGCCUGGGAGGUCUCCUAGCCCCCACCCUGGGGAGACAAAUGGUGACGAGAGGAGGCCAUUCUGGAAACGAAAGGCUUCUAAUGCAGCCCCGAACAAACUGUCUGCACCGAGUGAUACUUCGCUUGAUCGGAAGCCAGCCGUGCUGGCAAGUUCAGAGCAAACCAAUGGCGUACACGAUAGCCUCAUGGCUCUUUUGCGUGACCUAGAUUAUGUCGUCAGCGAAUUUUCGACUUUAAUUUCGGAAAGCCAACAACGUCGUCAGCCCCCUCAGCUAACUGCGCAGUCGCGAAUGAGCGUAGAGUCAGAUAGAUCUGAGGAAUUUUUUGACGCGGUCGACGCCACCGAUUCUCAAUUGCUCACUAUCAAAGGCGACAGCGACGAGGAUACAGUAGCAGAUGCCCAAGCAGAUGUCGUUGCUGACGAUGCGCCGUCCGAUAGCGACGAUGAUUCUACGGAAGCCGGGGGCACGGGUGCUGCGCACGACCAACACUCUCCAUUAUUCCCAGCGCGACCAAAAACCCUUACUCCGCUGCCACUCGACACGGUUCCUCGGCGGAAUAACAUCCCUGCACCGACAGUGAUGCCGCCUAGCUUGAUUGGGUUUCUUCGCAAGAACGUCGGCAAAGACCUCUCGCAAAUUUCAAUGCCCGUAUCUUCCAACGAGCCUCUUUCCUUACUUCAACGCGCCGCCGAGAUCAUGGAAUACUCGGCCCUCCUCGACAAGGCCGCACAAAUCAGCGAUGCAAACGAGCGACACCUUUAUGUAACUGCAUUCGCCCUCUCCUCCUUGUCCAGCAGCCGCGUUAGAGAACGAGCAAUCCGUAAACCAUUUAACCCUAUGCUUGGCGAAACGUUUGAGCUCGUUCGUGAAGACAUGGGCUUCCGGUUUGUCGCCGAAAAGGUCUCCCACCGCCCUGUUCAACUCGCCUAUCAAGCAGACAGUAAAGACUGGAGUCUUGCUCAGUGCCCGCGUCCCUCGCAAAAGUUCUGGGGAAAAUCUGCUGAAAUUGUCACGGAGGGCAAGCUCCGCAUUACCCUUCACUCAACAGGCGAGCACUUCUCCUUGACUCCAGCAACCUCAUUUCUCCGCAAUAUCAUCGCCGGCGAAAAAUACGUUGAACCAGUCGGCGAAAUGACAGUGCUCAAUGAGACAACGGGAAGUCGCUCAAUCUCCACCUUUAAGGCGGGCGGCAUGUUCUCCGGCCGCUCGGAGGAAGUGACUACUAAACUGCUCGACUCUACCGGCCGCGAAAUGCCCGUCUCGCUUUCAGGCACAUGGACUUCCUCUCUUUCUUUAUCCGGCGGCUCUUCCGGAACCUCCACAAUCUGGACAGCAGGGGCCCUUGUCCCCAACGCCCCCAAACACUAUGGCCUUCCUGCCUUUGCUGCAGCGCUGAACGAAAUCACGCCGAUUGAGAAAGGAAAGAUUCCCGCCACGGACUCACGACUGCGCCCUGAUCAGCGCGCUCUCGAAGACGGCGACGUCGACCGCGCAGAGGAAGUUAAAGUGCAGCUUGAGGAGGCGCAGCGCGCUCGGAGACGCGAUAUGGAAGCGGCCGGGGAGAGUUGGAAACCGAGAUGGUUUACUAAGGUUGAUGAGACGGCUGAUGGCGAGAUCGUUUGGCGGUUGAAGGGUGGCAAGGACGGAUAUUGGGAGGAGAGAAUAAACAACUGCAAGUCACGAGAAACCCUUCGCCAGCAUGCUCCAGAGUAA